AUGGACGGCGAUAUCAUACUGGCGGCAGCUCACGAAGUAGUAAAAGCGCUGGAUGGCAACAUAAAAUUGACCUCAGAUACGGGAAGCAACACUUUCCUUCAGCGCGAGCGUACCAACCCGGUUCCCACAAAGAAGGGCCGCAACAGUCGACCCUCAGUCGUUGAGCCAGUUGACAGGAGAGGAGCCAUUGCCUGGUAUCCUAAUUAAUGUAUGCUGUUUCCGAAACACGCAUACAAGACCCUACUUCAGUCAUCUCCCUCCGUUUUCCGGAUCGAGCCUCAUCUUCACGCUUCACUCUCCGAAUGUCAAGGGAUUCGACAUCCGAAGCUCACGGUGUUGCUGGUGCUGGGAUUGCGCCGAGCGUUCACUUCUCGAAUGGAUCCCGGUUAUCAGCCGACUUUGC